UCCUACCCAUCAAAAUCUGUGAGCAUCAACGACACACCAGCAUCCCGUCGACACUGUCACUGACUGAACGCUCCUCUCGCCGACGCCGACGCCGACUUGCUGCUUGAUCGAUUCGCCUGUCGCCUUCGCUACCACCUACUUCCCUUUCGUCCAACAGAAAAAUGGCUGAGUUCACUACCGGUGAGGAGGCUGCCGCCAAGAAGGCCGCUCGUUCCUUCAAGAAGUACACCUACCGUGGCGUCGAGCUCGACGACCUCCUUGACCUCUCCAACGAGGCCUUCAUCGACCUCGUCCACGCCCGCGCUCGCCGCAGGUUCCAGCGCGGUCUUAAGUCGCGCCCCAUGCGCCUCAUCAAGAAGCUCCGCAAGGCCAAGAAGGAGGCCGGCCCCAACGAGAAGCCCGCCCUCAUCAAGACCCACCUCCGUGACAUGAUCAUCGUCCCCGAGAUGAUCGGCUCGGUUGUCGGUGUCUACAACGGCAAGACCUUCACCACCGUCGAGGUCAAGCCCGAGAUGACUGGCCACUACCUCGGCGAGUUCUCGAUCACCUACAAGCCUGUUGGCCACGGCCGUGGUGCCAACAUGGCCAACUCCCGCUUCGUCCCCCUCAAGUAAGCGGAAGACUGCUGCAUGGGGUUGGGAUUGUACGACGUAGGGAUGCACAUUUGCUCGUCAGCGAGGUGUCCCUAGGGGGUUUCUUCUCUGCAGGGGAGUCACAGACAGCCCAUGAGAUGAACAGAUUAGACGAGUGUG